GUGCAUAUAAGUCCCCGGAAAGCGCCCCUCGCAUGACGCAGUGGCUUUUCCGACUGCGACUCGGUGCUUCGAUUUGAAGGGAAAUUCAAGGUGCAGUUUCCUCGAGGACUGAAAUUAAGGAGGCGCCAUGAGAAUCGUCGCCUUCAUGAUGGUGCUCCUCGCAGCCGUGGUCGGCAGUUUCGGCCAGGGCUACGGUCAGCUGUUCGCAGGAUUCGGAAGCUACGGCCGACUCACCUCCGGAAUGAGGGAUCCUAGAUCCAACACCGGACCAGUCCUGUUCCCGCCAGGACCUCCGGCCAACCCGGCCGACACCAGCGGCGUCGUAGUCGGGGCCAGCGGUUACGGGUUCGUGCCGCCCAACGCAGGCAUCUUCACGUAUUACUACUAAUCCGGUGGAACUACCUGCCUCUUCCUAUCACCAACUCGUCCCUUAAUCGAGAGCUCGUUGCUCUUAUCACGCCGAGCUCUCCCAAGGCCGAAAGGAGAUCGCAGCUUGGAAGGUCUGAAGGGGCAAAGAGGGAUCCACGGAAUCGUGCAGGAUCACGGAUCGGAUCGUAAGGACGAAUCGCACAGGGGGAUUGUCGCUACGGAGUCCGCCAUUUUGUUCAGAGCGGCGUCUCGAAGAACGUCUUCCGCGACUUCCGGCAAAGAUGGCGGCCAUCUGGUCGCGUCGCUCUCCGUGACUUGUGAAGGAACAAUUGUAAUCUUAGCUAGAGGUAACCAAGGUAGACGAAUUCGUGCAUCGGAAUGCACCUGGCCUGCGAAAGCAGACACACGUACCUAAUGCUCCACGGGCGGGCAUCUGCGAACGUUAGUAUAAUACUUCCGUUUUAGAAAGUUAGCAAAUAAAGGAGUCGUUUCCUUCGA